UGUCAUGUCUGCUUAACCUAACCUCUAAGUAUAUUUUUUAUUUUUAUAAUUAUUAAAUAUAAUAAAAACUAAAACGUAAAGUACAAACACAUUAACACAAAAACUUAAUUAUAAUUAGUACUUUAUUAGAUUAUUAAUAAAGUUAAUUUCGGUUUGUACAUUCAGCUUAUUGCAUAGGCAGAAGGAAUAUCAAGUAAUCUCAAGUUGCCCUGUCCAAGUAUUAAGAGGCCCGAAGUUAUAGAAAGUACCUAACCUAAAUCAAAAUGACUGAAGCCGCACCGUUUAACAGUAGUACAGCCUUUUGUGCUAAAUGUGGCUCUAUAUUGCCUCUUAUGGAAGAGUUUGGAACUGUUGAAUGUUAUACAUGCAAAUCGGUUUAUGACCCUGUAGCCUUUGGUAAUAUAAAAUUUAACUACACUAUACACUUCAACGCAAUAUCAUCUAUCAACACAGAUAAUGUAUUGAAUUUGGAUAACCCUGAAGGGCCGGUGGUGGAGAGGAAAUGUCCAAAGUGUGGUAACGACAAAAUGUCCUAUGCAACGUUGCAACUACGAUCAGCUGAUGAAGGGCAGACAGUGUUUUAUACAUGUAUAUCUUGCAAGUACAAAGAAACGGAAAAUUCAUAACAAGUGCCAUCUAUUGCUGAAUUUAAUAUAUAUACUGUAUAUUGUAAAAAUAAAUGACAUGAUGUGAAGGUGUUUUAUGGAUUUUAACUUUUUACAUAAAAGGAAAUAAUGAAACAGUAGAGUGCGCUAUACUAAGAUGAUCUCAUAAAAAACAUACUUACAGCCGAACGUAGAACAUCUUCCUUUUUGGAAGUCGGUUAAAAAUCGCUUAAAUAUAGCCAACAAAAUGGCGGCACUUGAUUAGUUCCGAUUUUGGCCACGAGCAAACGAGCGCGCGACUAGACCUCUGUACUGUAGUCUGUAGCAAUGUAUCUUCAUAGAUAAAAUUUAUUUUGUUGCAGUAAAAAAUAUUGUCUGCUCAGAUUUACUAGAUAUUCGAUACAUAAUAAAUUUUUAAUUAUAGA